UGGGAGCAAAGCCAGUAAGCUGUAGCUCCUUAUGGACAUUUGAGCGCAUCCAAUCCUUUCACUUCGUCUGUGACAUCAGCAACCAACCUUGUACGGGGAGUCGGGUUACCUUGGCAACCGCAUGAUGCCAUGCCCGAAGGCCGUAUAUAAGACAGAGAAAAGGCCAUGGUUGUAGAACCGCAAUGAAUCGAGACAAGAGGAGGGAGACAAGAAUCUUUUGCGGCCUGGACUUUAUUUUCUUUCUUUAAUUUUAUAAAUGGUCUCAUGGCUGACACCCGUUUGGAACAGAGACUAGAGAAGACUGACAUACACUGACACAGGAUCAUGCGUGCUCCACUGCGACCACGGAGUGGCUGCCUGCUGCUGUGCCUGUGUAUGUCAGUGCUUACGCUGAUACUGCAGACCUUUUGGGUUCCACUGGAGAUGACACCGGAUGAAAUGACUGGGAGGUCUCUGGAAGGUCAUGGUUUCCGUAGCCUGGCACUCCAACUCAAAGAUCUGACCUCUCGGGUGAACAAGCUGAGCAGAGACAGAGAUGGAACCAGAGACGACCUGAGCCUGCUGCUGCAGAGUUUCAGGAAGGACCAGCAAGGACUGGCACAUUUGGUUGAGAGGGAGAUAAAGAGAGUUUCCCAGAAAAUUGAAAAACUCAACCAUCAACAUGAGCAGCCUCUGGACACACCCCAGUCCCAGGACCAGUAUAAAACACAAACAGAGUCCAAUGAAAAUUGUAAGGUGCCAUCGGACCCCACUUAUCCAGUCUGUGCAGAGAAAAUGGAGUUUCUUCGGUUACACUGGAAGACAGACCCAUGUUAUGCCUUUUAUGGUGUUGAUGGCUCUACCUGCUCUUUACUAAAGUACCUCAGCCAAACCGAGGACUUCUGCCCCCCACAAGUUGGUCUUAACCACUCUCCCCCAGCAUGGCAUCACAAACCACUCUCACAUUCAGAGAAGGGUGAAAUACGUACAAGUCUUGCUCCAUUGUACGAAAGCAUCACAAAUAUUAGCAGUCCUGGGCUGAGAUUCAUCCGGUCCAGAGUUCAGAGGAUGGAGCAGAGGUGGAUCCAUGCUGGUCUCAGCAUGAACCAGAGGAGCAACAUCACAGUCUCCAAGAAACUCAUGGUGCUGCUGUAUCCUGGUACUCUGGCUGGGAGUCUUGGACAGCGCUUUGAAGCCAUGGUAGAGAAAGGGGGACCUUUGGGAGAGCUGGUCCAGUGGGCAGAUUUGAGUGCAAGCUUGACCAUCCUGGGACAUGAUGUGACCUUGACCACAUCCCAGCACCUCCUGCACAGUCUGAUAGGUGCUGCUCCAGGCCGAGGCAGCUGUCCCAUACAGAGACCCCUGACAUUUGACCUUAUCUACACUGACUACCAUGGCUUGGCACAUCUGCAGGGAGCAAUGGGAAUAGCUUUUCGGCAUUAUCAGUGUCGAUACAGAAUCCUGGAUUCCUUCGGCACAGAACCAGCCUUUAACUUGGGGUCUUACGCUCACACUCAUGAAUACAAAACCCUAUGGGGAAGCUGGGGCCUGCACCCUCAGCAGUAUAUGACCAUGUUCCCUCACACUCCUGAUAAUUCUUUCCUGGGCUUUGUGACUGAAGAGGCCUUGAAAGGUGAAGUCAAGAAAGAAGCAAUGCACUCCAAUAAGAAGGGCAAUGUUGCAGUUGUGUACGCUAAACAAGAAUACAUGUGGGAGGGCAAGUCUGAUUAUGUGAAAGUAAUCAAUGAAGAGUUUGAAAUCCAUACCACAGUCUAUAAGCGCCCAGGAAUCCCAUCCCAGUUACCCAGCUUUGUCAUGAACCAUGGUCUGUUGAGUCAGGACAACUUUGUACAACUUCUCCAUAAAGCCAAGGUUUUUGUAGGUCUGGGGUUCCCAUAUGAAGGCCCAGCUCCUAUUGAAGCUAUAGCUAUGGGCUGUGCCUUUAUCCAGCCUCAAUUCAACCCUCCACACUCCUCCAAAAACAACAACUUUUAUAAAGGAAAGCCAACCACUAGAAAGAUUUCAUCCCAGCAUCCUUACGCCGAAGAGUUCAUUAGAAAACCUUAUGUUUGGACGGUAGAUGUGAACAACCGCACUGAAAUACAGCAAGCAGUGAAGGGCAUUCUUCGUACAGAGGUGCAACCGUUCACUCCUCGAGAGUUCACCUGUGAGGGGAUGCUGGAGAGGCUUCAGGCUUAUAUCACUCAUCAGAAUUUCUGCAGUAAGUCACUUCCAACAUGGCCACCUAGAAGUGUCUUAAGGGUGCUGCUGAGUCCUUUGGGUGCAUCCUGUGCAGACGUGUGCCGGCACUCUUCUCUCACAUGUGAACCUGCAUUAUUUUAUUAUUUAAACAGUGCUGCUGCAUUCACCAGUCUGGAGCUGAACUGCUCCAGUGUGGAGGCAGAGGUCAGUCACCUGUUUCCAGCCUACAGUCCCUGGGGCCAACAGUGCCACCUGCAGGUAGAGCCUCUCCUGUUCAGCUGUGCAGGAUCUGACCCCUCCUUCAGGAGGCUGUGUCCAUGCAGAGAAUAUACGCCUGGACAAGUGGCACUGUGCCCGGGCUGCUCAUAGCCAACAAUGUGGACUCAAAUACGCCUUCAUUUUGUAAAAGGUCCAGUUCACACAUCAGCAACAUUAUUUAUGUUUAAUCUCUAAGUGAAAGGAUGGACUGUGGAUACCAUGGUGGCCUAUCUUAUGCCUCACAGCAAGAAUGUCUUGUAUUCUUUUCCCAGACCAGGUGGGACCUCUCUGUGGGGAGUGUACAUGUUCUCCCCAUGUCUGCAGCUUCUAUAAGCUUCAGUUUCCCCUACCACUGAAAACCUGGUACUGCAUAGGGAACAUAGGAUCCCCUCUGGGACAAGGACUUCCCAGAAACAGAGAUUCUGAAUCUCAGCCAGCCUACCUGGUUGAACACGGGUACAAAAUGUCCUAGACUGCACUUAAUGUAUA